AUGCCUUGGGCCACCACCCUCAUCCUCAUGCUGGCCGGGCUCUGCGGCUCUUCGCUGGGCCAGUACAACGAGGAGGAGGACCUGGCGUGGCUCCAGUACUACCUGCGGCAGUCCCGCGUCUCCUCCUACAACUACGUGCCCUACUACGAGGAGGAGAGCCCCGCGUACGCCUACUCCUACCCCUCGGCCACCGACACCGAGCCCGAGCCCGAGCCCGAGCCGCAGCAAGCAACGCCCUGGCGGUGUCCCCAAGAGUGUGACUGUCCCCCCAACUUCUCCUCGGCCAUGUAUUGCGACACCCGCAACCUGCGGUACCUGCCCUUCGUGCCCUCGCGGAUGAAAUACGUUUAUUUCCAGAAUAAUCUCAUCACCUCCAUCCAGGAGGGAGCCUUCGACAACGCCACGGAGCUGGAGUGGCUGGCGCUGCACAACAACCAGAUCGGCAGUGAAAAAAUGGGGAAAAGGGUUUUUGGGAAGCUGCAGCGUUUGGAGAGGCUCUACAUGAACCACAACAACCUGACCAGGCUGCCCGGCCCGCUGCCGCGCUCGCUGCGUGAGCUCCACCUCUCCUACAACCACAUCUCCAAGGUGCCUCCCAACGCCCUGGAGGGGCUGGAGAACCUCACGGCGCUCUACCUCAGCCACAACUUCAUCUUCGAGAUGGGCGCGUCCCUCAAGGGGCUCAGUUCGUUGAUCCUGGCUGACCUGAGCUACAACAACCUCAGGAAGGUUCCCGAAGGGCUCCCGGCAUCGCUGGAGCAGUUGUACCUGGAGUACAACUACAUCAACGCCAUCCCCGACGAUUAUUUCCAGGUGUCCCCCAGGCUGCUCUACGUGAGGAUGUCCCACAACAGCCUGACCAACCAAGGGCUCUCCAGCAACACCUUCAACAGCAGCAGCAUCCUGGAGCUGGACCUCUCCUACAACCGGCUCCAGAAGAUCCCGCGGGUCAACACCAACCUGGAGAACCUCUACCUGCAGGGGAACCAGAUCAACGAGUUCUCCAUCAGCAGUUUCUGCUCCGUGGUGGAUGUCAUGAACUACUCCCGGCUCCAGGUGCUGCGGCUCGACGGCAACGAGAUCAAGAGGAACGCGGUGCCCCCGGACGCGCCGCUGUGCCUGCGCCGGGCCACUGUCAUCGAGAUCUGACCGGCCCUGCCACCCUCAGGACUUGUGUCCCCCCUUCCCAGGGAUUCCCUCAUUCCCGCUUUUCCAUCCGGCUCAGCUUCGCAGCAGUGCAAUCGCAGGGUCUGCCCCGUUUUCACAAAUUUAUCUUUUUUUUUUUUUUAUUUUUUUUAUUUUUUUUGUCGACACAGAUCCCAGCUCUGGUUUCUUUGUGGUCCCCACCCCACAAAGCGCUGUGCCCGCUGUCACCUCCUGUCCUGGAUUGGGGUGGGAUAUAGCAGGGAUGGGGCUCAUCCCACCUUGGAAAUGGGGAAAUCCCAAUCCCGAUCCCAAAACCCAUCCCUGGAAGGAGAAUCCAAGGGGCUGGGAGCUGCAGGAGUGAAAGGGUUAAAGGUCUCCAGGCGGGAGGAUUCCUCAGUUUGGGAUGAAGAGGAACAAAUCCAUCCCUUCCUUUCCUUUUUCCCCCUUUUCCAUCAACCUGCUCCAGAAUUAACGGAGAGGAACCCACCUUGGGGUCAGAGGGAAAGCCCCUGAGGAGCAGCCUGGGCAUGAGAGGGGUCCCAAACCUCCCUCCCAAACCCCUGGAUCACGGCAGGAUGGGGAAAAUCCUGGUGCUGUCACCCCUGGUGUUGUCACCCCCAGCUACCUGGGCACCCCACCUUGAGCUCUCCCUGCUCAGGUCCCUGGGAUAUCCCAAUUAAAACCCCAAGAUUAAUCACAGAGCCACGUUGGAGUCCCCUGAAAAAAAUCCCAAAUUCCCCCAACUGGGACCCUCAACAGGCUGAGUUUGAAGACCAAAGGGGCAGCAGAGCUUUUGGGGUGACCUGUCCAGGGGGGUCACCCGGGCCCUCCGCGUUGUUCCUGCAUGCAAAGAGCGUCAAAAAAAAAAAAAAAGAAAAAAAGAAAAAGAAAAAGAAAAAAAACCCCAAAUCCCAUAAUUUCACCAGCAUGAACUGUAAACCCCCAAACCCAUCAAUAAAACCCUUCCAGUACCUGCAGCCAGCGCGUCCCGGGAGCCGAACGAGCUCUGCAGCUU